AUGCCUGAACAAGAAGAACCAACCUAUGCAUGCCGAGUAUGCGGACGCCGCUUUAUUCGAACCAGCCUGGACAAGCACGAACCUGUCUGCAAAAAGUUGAACAACCUCAACAGAAAGGUGUUCGAUUCCGGGAAACAGCGUGCAACCGGUAGUGAUAUCAGCAUCAAUGAUGUGCGACGAGCCCAGAAGGAAAAGGAAAAGGCUGGAGGUCAAUUUUCAAGGCCAAAGACACAGUGGAGGGAGCGGCAUCAAGAUUUUCAGGAAGCGAUUUCGGCGAGCAAGAAGACUGGCGCUCCACUUCCGCCUCCUCCAAAAACCAGCGUACCCUCUGACUACGUUCAAUGCGAAUACUGCGGUCGGAAUUUCAACGAGCGAGCGGCGGAGCGGCACGUGCCUUUCUGCAGGGAGCAACAAACAAGGAAGGGACCGUUAAAGCCAAAAACUCGUGAGGGACGAAAUGAUAUGAGGACGAGAAGCCAAUCAAGGACACGUGACGAAAGCCGCCGAAAAAGCCACGAAGAUCGCCCGCCUCGUACGUCUAACAUCCGGCCUACGGCGAAUUCGGCUGGCGUCCGUGACAUUCCCCCUGUCACACCGAAUAGACGGAGCAACUCGGCUCCCCGUACCCCUGCACAACCCUCCCGCCUAAAAGCUCCCAUUUCAAAUAUAGACCUACUGGCGCAAGAUCAAGCCACAAAUACUCCCCUCCGCGGACAUCCAGAGAACGCCAACCGCCGAAAACCCCGAAAACCAGUAAUGGCCGGACACCAAAGACACGGAACGGUUGGGAGACACGAGACGGAACAACGAGGGAUGGUAGCAGAACAAGAGACGGGUCGAAGACUCGGGAUACGGCCAGAACACGGGACACGACAAGAUACGGUACCAGGACGUCGGAUGGUUCGG